CGAAUGUGGCCAGAGCUGGUGCGUUCAGCGAGCUUCAUCGCAACUACGCGUCACUCUGCUUCUGAGAAGGCUAUGAGAGAGAGACAGAGCAAAGAGGCAGGCAGGCAUAACCCGGAGGAGGUUGAGCGCUGAGUAGUAACAGCUGGAAUAAAUCAAUCGACCAUAACACAGUUGCCAUUAGCCUCACCAAUAUCAUGCAAGGUACACCGGCUGCUGCAAUAUCCAUCCACUUGGCACAGUAUUAAAAAGCUUCAGACAUGUUUAGACGCGCGCGGGCAGACGAUAUAUCGGCCAAAGAGGGCGAGAAGCACCUGGUCAGCAACAGCGCCAAGCUGGCUGAGGAGCAGCUGAACAAGCGGCUAGACAGCGAGAUCGAGCAGCUGAUGAACUCGUUUGGCGAAAUCCUGGCCAUCAGCAAGAUCCAGAACAGCGAAGGCACGGCGAUUGCACGGCAACGACUUGGUGCCUCAGCCGGCAUGGACGACGAUGACCACCCGGGGUGGCGCGGGCAGUCGGACUCGCAGAGCAAAGACAAAUACAGUGUUGCACAGGAGGCGUACAGUGCACAGACGCGUGUAGCGACCAUGGUCCGGACCAUCGAGGGACUGCUGGGCAUGGUUACUGAUAUCAAGCGUGCGUAUCUGGUCAACGAUGCGACGGCCCUGACAGAGAUGGCUACCCGGCGGCGCGGUAAGCUGGAUGAGCGGAGGCACAUCACUGAGCAGCGUGUCGAGGAGCUCAACUCGGCGCUGGAUCUGGCAGUCCGGGACCUGGAAAAGGUGUACUACAGCUCAAAGUAUAUCGGGUAGAAGAGACGUGUGGUAGAAAUAAACAGUGAGAGGGUAUAUGUAUCGAGACUCUAUUGUGCCUUUGCCGCGUGCUUCUUGCCCUUCCUGCCCAUGACACGCAGCAGCGGCGUGUUGUCUUCAUCCAGGUCGUCGUCAGCCUCCUCGCCAUCG